AUGGGGAAGCAGCUUCGAAUCAGCGGUAUUGUUCUCGUCUUCUGGGUUCUGUCACUCUAUGGCAUUCUCAUUGGAAUCUGGUGGAUCCGCCUGCGGGACUACUUUGGCGAACGCGGAGCUGGAUUGCCUGGUAACAACAUUGUCGCCGCGGUCGCCAUGACCGGCCAUCUGUCUGAUGUCUCGAUGGGUAUGGUCCUCCUACCUGUUUCCAGACACAGUGCACUGGCAUCCUUUUUCAAGCUGUCACCUACGACAACCUACAGCUUCCACAUGACUAUGGCAUAUAUCCUCUUUGGGCUUGUCGUUAUACAUGGCUCUCUUUACGCCGAUUGGGCAGCUUUGUGGAACCAGGAUAGAGAUCGCUUCCGGCCGAUAUUACCCAUACUGAAUCCGACCUACUACUACAACGAGACGUGGCCGGGAAAUCGCUCGUCGCUUGGGGUCUGGCGUGCAUCCUUGAUCUUUACGGGCAGCAUCUCGUCAUUGAUCAUGCUGGUGAUGUUCCUCACCAGCUUUCCAGCGAUAAGACGGAAGUACUUCAACGUCUUCUACUUCUUUCACCUGCUUGGAAUCGUUGCGGUGGUCAUUAUUUGUUUGCACGCGAGUACGAUGUUCUACUGUACCAUCCCGGGGCUUUCGAUGUGGAUUCUGGACUGGUCAAUGCGGGUGUUUGAGCUGCGCCAGAAACUAGACUCGCGCCUUCGUUCGCUCGGAAAUGGCUGGUACAGCUUGACGCUCCCUCUCCCCCGUAAGAGACUCUCUGGCUGCGCAUGUCAUUCGCCUCUCGCCCAUUUCUAUAUCCACCAUUCCGAAAGUUCAUUGACUGAGAUACAUCCCUUUACGACAAUAACGCACCUGGCCUCGAAGAAAUCACUUCCAGCAGACAAAGAGUCCAUCGACAUCCAGUUCCUCUUCCGACGAAUGGCGCACGCAGCUCCAAAAAAGGCAACACAGUGGACAAACAAGCUCGGCGCGUUGGUCGACGAGGAGAAGGUCGAGACGUCGCGCCGAAAUAGUCAAUACACACUGCCUUCCGCAUCACCAAUCUUGGACGAUCUGACAGAUGAUGCAGUCGCAACAACUCUGAGAUUGGAGGGACCAUACUUCACUCCGGCCAAUCCAGAAUUGUACAGGACAACUGUCUGUCUCGUGGCAGGCACUGGUCUCAGUGGAGCGAUAGCCAUUGCCGCAGCGUUCCAAGCUCAAAGGUCUCUACCACGAUCAGAGUGGAAGGCAGCUCCACGAGCUGUUCCAGCAACAGCCGGCGCGGCGUGUACAGUGGUUGCAGCUAAUGGGCCAUUGUACUGGACCCGUUGCAUAGUAAUCUGGACGGUGCGGGAAAGUGACUAUGUCGAUGUUUCCUACAUCACAGGAAUGGAAUCUUUGGAGGAAAUUUGUGGAAGUGAGGCACAGGAUACUUGGUGCUAUAUUUCUGGCCCUGGGGGCUUCAUCGCUGGUGCAGAGACUGUUUGUAAUGAGAUCAAGGGCCUCAGUUACUUUGCGGCAAGAUGGGAUUGA